GACAGGAGCAGAAAGAACAUUUGGCCAACUACUUCCGUAUUCGAUCAACCAGGCUCCCAGAUUCGGUCUUACAUCAAAAGAAAAUCAUCAACACACCUUUACAAAAUCCAAUUCAUCUUCAGAGCACAUCACACGACCACUCAUACCUCAGCUUAAAAGCGACAUGUCAUUCCCCAAGAUCGCUAGAGAUUAAUCGCGCGGUACUGAGAAAGAUGCUGGUCGAAAAUGUGCCAGCAGAACACGUGAAAUGGGGCUGGAAGCUUGCAUCUCUGCGAAAAAUGGCAUCUUUUGGGUUGAAUGUAUUUUUCAGCAACGCCGAAGUGCUAUCCGGGUUCAACUUGCUUGUUGGUGCAGAUGGUGCAUGGAGCAAGACAAGAAGUCUCUUCUCACAAGAUCGACCACAUCAUUCUGGACUCAGCGGAUGGAGCAUGCAGGUCUCGAACGCCAAGGAAACGGCACCAGAAGCGUAUGCCUUCGUCAACUGUGGCAGUGUGUUUGCAUAUAGUGAUAGGAAGGGCCUGUUUGGCCAACAGCUCGGUGACGGAAGCCUCAACGUUUCCUGCUACGGACCGUACCCUGCAGACUUCACCAAACACUGCGGCUUCGAUGCGGAUUAUCUGGAGGUUGCAAACAGUUACGAAGAGAUCAUGUUCAAGCAUGCGCACUGAGCUCAAACCCUUACUGAGGGAUGCAAGACAGACAUUCUACUGACGCCUGGGGCACCGCGGCCCAGGAUCGAACCUUUGAUCUUGGGGCAUAUAAAGGGUUACCACGCUCUGCAACAACGCAGCGUUGGCUCAGCUCACGGUGUCACCAUUACGCUAGGUCAUGACUUCAGCUUGACCCUGUUCUUUCAUUUGUUGCUCUUGCUGUGCACCUAGACUCGUGCAAAGUUUCCUCUCUUCCCAACAGACACCCAACGCCAACCCACCGACAUUCACUCAACACACAACGCCUUACUAUCUCAACUCCACUCCUAUGCCACACCUUACAGUACAACUCCCCUCAAUGUUCC